CUUUUCUUAUCAAUUAUUAUAUCUCUGCAUUCAUGGAAUAUAAAACAUCUCUGCUUCAAUUCUUAUCAUUUCCCUGCCCAUCUAUAUUAUAUUUGGCCUCCAAUUCAAGCUAAUAUUGCUCUGCAAAUUUGGUUCCAAAUAGGCUUCUUUUUUCUCUCUUAGGAUAAACAUGGUUACUCCUGAUGGAGAACUUGAAAUAAGUUUUGGCUAUAAAUGCAAUAGCAAUAAGGAUAGAGACAUUCCUUGUGAGGUUGUCAGUGGCUACAAAAUCCUUCCUGGAGUACGUAGAACAAGUAGUUUUUCUUGCUUGUCAGGUGCAGCCUUAAGUGCAAAUGCCACACUUGCCAAUACAAAUAUCUGCAAUGGUAAGAUAGGAGAAGAAAUCCUUCCAAGUUGGGACUCUCCUAAUUCAUUUCGAAAGGUAACCUCUUCGCCAAGUCUUUCAAAGUUGGACAUACUAUCUUCUUCCCUCCCGAGUAGUUUGUCAUACCUUAGCUGCAGUCCUUCUACUACAAGUGAUAUCCUUGAAUAUGACUGUUGCACACUAAAAUCCAUGAGUGAUCCUUCCAGAAGUGAAGGUUUUCUUAAUUCUACGGAAGUUCAAGUGGCAGGAGGAGCUGCUGGUGAAGAUAGAGUUCAAGCAGUUUGUUCUGAAGAAAAUGGAUGGCUCUUCUGUGCAAUUUAUGACGGCUUUAAUGGAAGAGAUGCAGCUGACUUUCUGGCUGGUACCCUGUAUGACACCAUCAUAUCUUACUUUAAUAAGUUAAUUGAGGAUUUGGAGCCGAGUUCCAUCGAAGCUUAUAAUGAUGGGGGUUUGGGUGGAUCCCUGCAAUGUAAUAAGUUGGAUAAUAGACUUAUUUAUCACGAAGAUCAAUCUCUGUCAAAAUUUAAGGGAAUAAAUGAUUCUAGUCAUGGAUGUUUUGUAGAGGAUAGUCCAUCUACCAAGUUAGAAGCAUCAUGUGAUUCAUUUUCACAUGGGGUACUUGAUAUCCUUCAACGUGCUGUUAGUCAGGCUGAGAAUGAUUUCUUGUACAUGGUUGAGCAAGAAAUGGAGGAACGUCCUGAUUUAGUUUCUAUUGGAUCUUGUGUUUUACUUGUGCUUCUUCAUGGUAAUGAUUUAUAUACACUUAAUCUAGGUGACAGCAGAGCAGUAUUGGCAACAUGCACUACAGUUGACCGUAUGAAUAAGAGUGAGAGACUCAAGGCUAUACAGCUUACAGAUAAUCAUACUGUUGACAAUGAAGUUGAAAGGGCAAGACUUCUGGCUGAUCAUCCUGAUGAUCCCAAGAUCGUUAUAGCAGGAAAAGUGAAAGGGAAACUGAAGGUUACUCGCGCUUUUGGAGUUGGCUACUUGAAAAAGAAAAAUCUGAAUGAGGCUUUGAUGGGAAUCCUUCGAGUUCGUGAUCUUAAAAGCCCACCAUACAUAUCCACUCAACCAUCACUGAAUGUCCACAGAAUCUCAAGUUCUGAUCAAUUUGUUAUAGUGGGGAGUGAUGGUUUAUUUGACUUCUUCAGCAAUGAUGAGGCUGUAAAGCUUGUAGAGUCUUAUAUCUUGAGCAAUCCUUUGGGUGAUCCAGCAAAGUUUCUCAUAGAGCAGCUUGUAGCUAGAGCAGCUGAUUCUGCCGGUCUGAGCAUGGAAGAGUUGAUGAAUAUACCAGCUGGGAGGAGAAGGAAGUACCAUGACGACGUGACCGUAAUUGUGAUCUUGCUUGGGAUGAAUCAGAGGACUUCAAAGGCAUCAACUUGCAUUUAAGACUCGCCAAAAAAAAAAAAAAAAAAAAAAAAA